AUGGACGGCAACACACACACACACGCCGGCUUGAUAGUGAAGAUGCACCACAGCACCCCCUCGACCGCCCCGCCGCCCCAGCAACUCCCAUCACCGACAGAGGCGGCUCGCGCGCGUGCCUUCCGUGCUGAAGCACGCCUGCGCACCGUCCUCCGACAGGUGAGCGCGCUUCGCUGUGCGCAGCAGCAAGGCGGUGGAGAUGGCGUUACCCAGCACUGUGACCCGGUGGCCGGAGCGGCGGAGGCAACGUCAGCAUUUCCCCAGACGUCUUCCUCCCCACCCGUUCACCGAAAUGCUGCGCCAACUGCGGCCGCAGCAGCGGCGUCAUCGCCCCUUCCUCACCCACCGGUCCUCGAGUUCCCUCUCGCCCCGUUGGAGCAACGAGUGAAGCAGAAGCAGCUGCGCGAUGCCACUCGCCAGAAGCGUCGAGAUGCUCGUCAAGCGGCGGCUGCCGCAGCGGCGCGGACGACGGCGGCAUCCGCGACGGCGGCGGACAUGGUGCGCAACGCGCUGUCGCAGCCUCUCGGCGUCGUUGCUGCUCGCUUCCUCUCCGCUGCAGCAUCUGGGGCUCCAUCGAUCUUCCCGGAUGUGGCCAUUACUUCCACCAGCGCCGCCGACGGCCACAUGAACGACUGGCUCGCCUCGACACCGCCGCCACUGGCAGCUCAGACGUCACAUGCUUUGCCGUCGACCACCGCCACUUCAGCCCCGUGCCCCGGCAUCCCUCCGCACCGUGCAGGCAGUGACGAGCAUAUUGCCCCUCCCGGCCCUGCAAGCAGCAUGCCCAAGACCCCCUAUCAGUCGCCUCCGCCGCAUGAGAGAGGUCAGCGUUGCCGGUGCUGCCACUCUCAUCGCCGGCGCCAGCGACUUCUGUCAAGUGUGUCCGCCCCUCGUCAUUCGCGGGACAGCGCCGACGACAGCCCGAGCCCGCUCGCGCUGCUGCUUCGGACACCGCCCUCUGUGAGUGACAGUCAGGGUCCCCCCCACCGCCAUCAGCCCUCACUACACCACCCAGAGCAGGAAGACCGACAUCGCCACCAUCGACGGCAUCAUCGCCACCACCACCACCAUCAUCGGUGGUGUGGCGGCGCCUGCGAGGAAGUGAGUAGUGCACCAGCUCCAAGUCUCACCACCAACGCGAUGUCCAGGCACAAGCACGUGCGGUCGUCUUUUCGGCAUCAGGGCAGCACGCCAACGACAAAGACAUCGCACCCCGCAGGCGGGUGCCUCCCCCACUCCUCACGUUCCUCAUGCAACUCCUCGUGUGUAUGCUCGAGCUCCGGCUGUGACAGCUGGAGCGGCAGUGAGGCCUCGUGGACCGCCAGCAGUUCGCGGACGUCUUUCACACGUGGAGUUCGCUCGUCGCUGUCGGAGCCGUUCACGCCUCUGACUAUUCCUCGAGACGGCCGCUACGACCCGCAUGCGCCGCUGCUGCCCCUCAUGGGGUGCUACGGCGACACUCCCACGCGCGAGGUGUUCUGCCGCGUGCCAUCGACGUCGACACAGCACACCGCAAGCCGCUUUUCGACACCGAUGUCCUCGGAGUGGUCCAUGGAGUCGUCCAGCACGGCCCAAAGCCCUGUGGGCGCAGCAGAAGCAACGCCAGUUCCUGGCCUCUGCGCACCUGGCGGCGACGAGCCUGCGAAGAGGCAGCGGCGGCAGCAGUUCGAGACCCAUCAUCGCCGGCCCUCGAUGCCUUUCUCCCCCACGACCAACACGCAGCUGAGCUACAUGGCGGAGAUGGACGCCAUCGAGCGUGGGGUGGUGGCCCCGUACGUCUCUUACCUCUUCUCGCCCGAGGCACGUGUGAUCGACCUCCGCCAGCUGAAAGGCCGCGUGAGCCAUUGCGGCCCGGCGCCAGCGCUGGAAGCGACGUGUGUCGGAUUCUCGCGCGCCGCGGAUGAGUACUUGGUCGGGACGUCGUCGGGCCUGCUCUGGCGGGUGCCCGCCGGUGGCGGCGCGGAGGCAAUGCGAGCAACGCCUCUCGGCAGUCUCUGGCCCCCGCACGCGCCGACGAGCGCGAACCCGGCCGCCACCGCCGCCUCGGGCACUACCGCAGGGACGGGAGGCUCCUCAGAUGCAGUCGGCGACGCGCCGGGUGGCGGUCCCUCAACACUGCUACCCGUCCCCCUCCCCGGCCACACGGCAGCCAUCCUCUCCAUCGCCUUCAACGACGACGGGGCCUUGUUCGCGACGACAGGGAUGGACGGGUGCGUGAUUGUGUGGAACGCCAGCACGAGUGCCAAGCUGCGCCGCAUCAGCGCUGUGUGGCCAUCCUCAACGUCGCCAUCGUCGGCAGCGGUAUCGCCUUCCAUGUACGCCGGCGUCGACGACGCGGCCGGCCAGCGUGCGCCGCACCUCGUCCACUUCAUGCCACAGAACAACAACUACCUCCUGGUCAGCUACCUCGGCAGCAGCGAGCUUCACCUCUACAACAGCUCCACAGGGCUACCUGUGACGAACGUCGCUGGCGCCGCACUGGCACGCGCUGCGGCGAGCACGGUAAAGGUCCAUCACAAGAGUGCCGUGGCUCCCCACGACAGAGGCAGGGCCGGCGCCAGGUCUGCCGUGUCGUCAGGGGCCAUCACCGCCCUCGCUGUCGACCCCGUCGCCUCGCCCUUCUUCUUCUCAGGCGACGCCAACGGUACUGUUGUGAUGUGGACGUACCGCGCCGGCGACGUCGUGGCCAGGGCGACCCUGCGCACCACCGCCGCUGCCUCCUCGUCCACCGCUUUGGUCGGCAGCGGCGGGGGCAAGCACGCUCGCGCCUCGUCCUACGUGGUCGAUCCCCUCCUGCACGGUACCCACGGCACGGUCGGCAGCAGUGGUGACGGCAUGGCAGCCUUCUCGACCCCGCUCUACCAGCUCCCGGAGCUGCGUCGUGUCACGGCACUCGCGCUGCCGGAGCAGAUGGGCGGCAUCGCCGCGUUGGGGGUUAGCAUCCUCUACAUCUCCCAGCUGCACAGCCUCUUUCGCCGCCGUGGGCCGCAACGGGGUGCAGCGUCGGCGCAGAGCACAAGCGAUGGCGGUGCCGUUGGUCCGCAACCCGCCCCACAACACCCAUUCGAGUCGACCGCGGAGGUCUUCCGCGCUGUAGCGCAGAAGAAUCGCGCGUGCUGGGCGGCAGCAGACGCGCACCGCGCCUCGGCCGAAGCGACCGCGGCGGCGCUGCCGGGUGCUGCUGCCGUGGAUGGCGUUGCUCGAAAUCAACGCGAUUCUCGCGGCAGAAGUGGCGCGCACCCGCAGUCCGCCCUGCACGGUGGACCCGCCGCCUUCACUGCUGUCGCAGCCACGAGUGGCGACAACAGCAGCCUCCCGCAGGCCCUCGCCAAAUGGCCGUCGCGUCUGUCGGAGACGUUCUCGGCGCUCUGGAGGAGCGGUGACGGUGCGCCUUUGUCCGCGGCCCACUCCAGUCUCGCACCUGCAAGGCACGAACUGAAGCUAGCAACGGCGGCAGUGAAGGGGUCCAUGGCAACGGCAUCCACCGCCGGCAGUGCCGCGCCUGUCACCGCACGCUCCGAAGGUAAUCUUCUUCGCCAGUUGCGCGACGAUGCUCUCGAUGCUGUCUGCCCAUUGCUCGUCCUUGUUACGCUGCCGUGUGAUACCAUCUACGCCCUUGGGGUGCUCCUGCAGCUCCAGCCCGGUGGUCGACGCGGCAGCGCCGGAGGCAGUGGGGGCGUGGUCGGUGCAGGAACUCCACAGGUCAGCUACUGUCUGUACCCGCUCUUGAAGACGACGAGCCCGAGUCGGCUGCGGCACCUCGGCGUUGGCGCGGUGCAGUCCCCUGAUAACCCGCGGUUGAUUGUCGUCGCUACGCCGUGCGAGGAAGGCUUCGUGCGGGUGGAGCCGCUGCUGCAUGUUGUGACACCGUCACCGUCGGUGCAGCGCACACCCCCGGCUGGUGUGUCCGCAACCCCCACCCCGGGUGUAGGCUCCCCCCUGCAGCCUGGCAACAAGGUGGCGGCGCACGACGACGGCAGACACCGCAGUCACAGCCACGUGCUCGCCACGUUGCCCAUGCCAUACGGCGGGCGCUGUACCGGUGUUGCGUGGUCGCCGAACGGCCGCUUCCUCGUGGCCAUCACCGCCGAGGGUGUCAUUUACCAGUGGGCACGCGUGUACCUGCUGGGCCCAUCCUCCCCCUCGACCUGCGCCGCCGCAGCUGCCACCGCCGCAGCAGCAGCGACUACAACGAAGGGGGACGUGUCGCAGGUCGGCGGCCGUGACAGUGUAGCCCCUGCACAUGGCAUGGCACCAGCCGAAGGGGAAGUGGAGGUGAGGUCCUCACCAGCAGUGGAUGCGGCUGCCGCGGCAGCGGCCCGGCGUCGCGGCUGCGCCACGGAGCGGUCGGACACAAUGAACGGGGUGGCGUUGCCGGCGGCGAAUUUCACUGGCCUUCUUGGGGCUCCGAUAGCGAGCGCUGCGGCAUCGCCACCGGGUCUGUCGGCGGGUGAAAACGCCGCCGCGCGCGCCGCCUUCAGCGAGGAGGAUGCGUGGCGGGAAAGUCUCCACCGUGAGCUAGAGCGACAGCGGCGUGCGCAGGCUGCCCUGAAGCUUGUGGCACAUGUGAGGGCUGGUGAGGAAGAUGACGCCGUGAGCAGCAGCGGCUACUGGUUGGACGAUGACGAUGCGGCGAACUCGGCGGUCACGGAGGACUCGCUCGAGGGUGAUGGAACGGAGUCGUAG